ACGCCCCAAAAUGAGAGCUCACCUAUAAAUGUCAAUAAUUCCAGGACAAAGAGGCAUCUUAGUGAGAGUGUGGGAAGUCUAGGUGUAGAAAAAUUUACAGUUUAGGUUCCUCACUGCAUUCGGAAAACUUGUUUCAGGGAAUCUAUCGGCUCAGCAGGAAGAUGCUGCCUUUGUGACAGCCGUGACACCCCAGCGAGUUUAACACAAAACAAGUCGAGAGUUUUUCCAGAGUCAUCCUAAUCAUUCAAAGCUUUUAUUUGAUCUCCUGCGCCCGGUUAAACGGGAGCCGGGAGUGAACCACGAGCAAACUGGCAUGUGGGUCAGUUCUGGAAGCGUCGGAAGAUACCCUUAAGCAACCCUGAUUCCAGAUACCCUUAAGCAACCCUUAAAGGGAUAGUUCACCCAACAAUGAAAAUUCUCUCCUCAUGUACUCGCCCUCAUGCCUUCCCAGAUGUGGCCCUCUCAAUGGAUAUAGACACAGACUAUGAGCGACCUAAUGUGGAGACCAUAAAGUGUGUGGUGGUGGGUGAUAAUGCGGUGGGUAAGACCCGGUUGAUCUGUGCCCGUGCCUGCAAUGCCACCCUUACUCAAUACCAGCUGCUUGCCACCCACGUGCCAACUGUCUGGGCCAUCGACCAAUACCGUGUGUGCCAGGAGGUGCUAGAGAGGUCACGAGACGUGGUGGAUGAGGUCAGUGUCUCCCUCAGGCUGUGGGACACGUUUGGAGAUCAUCACAAAGACAGGCGCUUUGCUUACGGCAGAUCAGAUGUGGUAGUGUUGUGCUUCUCUUUGGCCAAUCCCAAUUCCCUGCGCCAUGUCCGCACCAUGUGGUUCCCUGAGAUUAAGCACUUCUGCCCCCGCACCCCAAUCAUCCUUGUGGGCUGCCAGCUGGACCUGCGUUACGCUGAUCUGGAUGCUGUUAACAGGGCUCGCCGGCCCUUGGCCAAACCCAUCAAACCCACAGACAUCCUUCCCCCAGAGCGAGGCCAUGAGGUUGCUAAGGAACUUGGCAUUCCAUACUAUGAAACAAGCAUUGUCGCUCAGUUUGGUGUCAAGGAUGUGUUUGACAAUGCUAUCCGUGCUGCUCUCAUCUCUCGACGCCACCUUCAGUUCUGGAAGUCCCAUUUAAAGAAGGUCCAGCGUCCCUUGCUCCAGGCCCCCUUCCUUCCCCCCAGACCACCUCGACCGGUGGUGGGCAUCCCUGAGCCACCUCCCAUGGAUGGAGAAGGUCCAGACUCUCUCUUCUGCCAGCCUUUGUGUGCAGACGUGCUGUUUCUUCUCCAGGGCGGGGCUACUUGUGUCUUUGCCCAUAAGGUGUACCUGGCCACCUCCUGCUCAAAGUUCUGUGACCUCUUUACAUUGGAUCUUGGGGCAACUGGGGAGGAAAAGGAGGGUGAGGAGUGCUCAGAGGGGAGCGAGGAAGAUGAGCAGAGCCGAAGGGGAGCUAAAGAACAGGCUGGGCGUACCAAGAGCUUGGACAUUGAUAAGGAGGGUGACGGUGGCACCAGGGGUUCCAACAGGCUGCUCAUGUUGCAGCAAGGCUCCCUGAGGACUUCACAGAGUGAUAACGCUCUACCUGCCAGGAGCCAAUGCUCUAUGGGACACCUCAAAGCAGGACGGGCUCUUUUAGGAUGGGGGCGUGGUUUCUUAGGGGUAUACUUAGAGAUGGUGGAUGACCCUGUGACAGGUCGGCCGAGACUCAUGACAGUGGUGUCCAUGGAUGAUCUCAUUCAGAAAGGGCCUUUCCAGGCAGUACUGCAGUACCUUUACACAGGUCACCUGGAUGAGAGUCGUGGGGACCUAAUGCAGGUGGCCACCAUCGCUGAGCUCCUAGAAGUCUUCGACCUGCGGAUGAUGGUGGCCAAUGUGCUGAACCGUGAGAGCUUCAUGAACCAGGAGAUCACCAAAGCCUUCCAUGUGCGUCGUGCCAACCGCAUCAAAGAGUGCCUGAGCAAGGGCACCUUUGCUGAUGUGGUGUUUCAGUUGGACGAUGGGUAUCUGCCGGCCCACAAGCCACUGCUCAUCUCAAGUUGUGAUUGGAUGGCAGCCAUGUUUCGAGGAUCUUUCAUGGAGAGCUACAUUGAGGAGGUGUCUGUCCCUAACACCAGUUGUGCCUGUAUGAGAGCAGUCCUGGAGUUUCUCUACUGUGGUGUAUUGACACCAUGUCCUGAACUGGAGCCAAUGGACCUUAUAAUUCUAGCCAACCGCCUCUGUCUUCCCCGCCUUGUAGCUCUAACAGAGCAACAUGCCGUUGAGGAGCUGUUGCAGCUGUCCGUUAAAGGAGUGGACAUUGAUGGACAGGUGCUGGCCUAUCUGGAGAUGGCUCAGUUCCACAAUGCCAAACAGCUCUCUACCUGGUGUCUACAUCACAUCUGCACCAACUACAACAGCGUUUGUUGCAAAUUCCCCAAAGACAUGAAGACCAUGUCUCCUGUUACAAGGAAUGGGAACUGGAGUUGUCAAGCUUCGAAAAGGACCCAACAGCACCAUAAAGAGAACCAGAAACACUUUGAGAAGCAUCGCUGGCCACCUGUCUGGUUCCUCAAGGAGGAAGACCGAUACCUGCGCUCUCAAAAAGAGCGAGCGCGUGAGGAAGAGAUCUUGCGCAAGCAGCACACCAAACGGGGCUGGUGUUUCUGGAGACAUCCUUCCUCCUCAGCACCCCAUAUUUCCUGAGGGUUUACUUCCAUCCAUCCAUUGAUCCAUCCACCCACCCCCUCCAUACCCCUCAUCAUCUCUAUGUAGAGGCAUGUAGCUGAGCCUGGGGAACCCUGUAUCUGUAUCCAGUGUGUCCGUCCUGGCUGAUGGAAGUUAAUCUGGGGAGGCUGAACUUUUGCCUUCCCUCCCCAAGAUUGGCCUUAGUGGGUGGCCCUCUGCAAGAGUGUCCCCAGAUUGGAGAAAGUCUUGAAUCUCAUCGUGCGAAUGCAACAGGUGUGAGGUCUCACCACAGCAUCAUGUAGGGAAUGCCAUUAGUGCAGUGAACUGCUUUCACCUCUUGAGACUGUUAUUGUUAUACAUACACACACACACACUCUAGCACCUUGUCUGAGCGCUGGCGCCCUGGCAGAUGGAUGCUGCAUGGUGCUGCUGUGUUUAGCUUUUGCUGCGAGACCUAUUUCUGGGAAAACCAUCAUGUUCAAUGCAUACAAGCUGAAACGCUGAAAAAUUUAACUUUGAAUUAAACUAGCAACUAAAAUGGCGGCAGGGAAAUAUAAAUUAUUUUGUUAAAUAAAGGGGUGUUAAUUGCCCCCAUUUCAAACCUAAGUCUUGCCUAUAUUCUCACACAAAAAAAACAAGAAAACACCAUUUUGGAUCUUCCAUUGGCCCCAUAUUAGCACUACAUACAAAUUGUGUUGCCUACUGAAGAAUUGUUUUUCACUUAAGAUUGCUUUUUCUGUUACUAACACUUGGUAGACCAAGGGUUAGGAACAGAAGGGUUGUAUAGUUUGUGUCUGUCACUCAUAAAAGCUCUAGAAAAGCACCAAAGACAGACAACUCAUUUAGACACAAACGCCUUACCAAAAUCUACCGAAACAAGACAAAACUUGACAGCAAGUGAACUACUAAAAUUAGGGCUAUUUUACCACUGCCAUGAGAGUAUUAAUCACAGCUUUUAUGUCACUUCAUGUUUAAGUGGACUGAUUCUUUUUUCUGAAAUAUGACCACUUGCGAGCCUUUAGAUUUGCUUACCUUCCAACUGCACCACUAGAGGGCGCCCAUGCCUUCUGAGUUAACCCAUCUUUAGAACUUAUUAGCUACUAAUUAGAUAUUUACAACUGUGCAGCUCAGAAUCCUUGCGAAAUAUACGCAUUGUAGCACUACUUUUUAAAAUCUCGACUAUGGCGAAACAUGUCUGAUAACCAAAAAGAAGAUUGUGAUGUUUCUUGUUCCACGCUAAAAACAAAUCUGCUCCCCGCUGGUAUUCCUCUGGUCCUCUACCUCUGCUGUUAGCCAUACAGAGGAAGUGGUAGAAACGAUCAAGCCUGUAGUGUUUGAUACGUUGCAGUGUGAUGCCUCACAGUUAGAAUCUCACUUUGCACUUUACACGUGCAGGUAAAGUUGGUGCUCAGGAUUAGUCUGCUAAACAUCACCGCGUUUAACCACUCACUCUUUCUACAAGUUUACCUGUUUGACAAUCUUAAUAACAAUCUUAAUAACAGAAUAGCCCGACGUAAGCUGUAAAUUUGAAGUGCAUCUUUCGUCCUUUUUUAUCGAAAUGCUUUCUGGAUUUUAAUUUCGAGUUUUGUGGUUAAACUGGCACUGAUAGGCUAAUGCACUCGUUCGCCUCAGUUUGGUUCCUACUUUCAGAAGUGCAUGCGCUGUGAAGCAUUGUGAAAAUCUGCAUUGAAUCCAAAUGCCAGAGUCUGUCUGAACUGCCUUCCAUCUAAGAACAUGAGUGCCUAUGACCAAGUAACACUUUCCCCUUCUACAUCCAUGUUGACUCAUUCUUCAAGCAUGCUUGUUUUGCCUGUUUUGUGCCUUUGAACAAGAGUGUUAUUAAUAGCUACUUUGGAGGUGAAUGUGAUAUCUGAGAUAUUUAAAUUUUUUUAUGGCAUCUUUUUCUACUUCUGGCACUCUGAUUUCGCUUUCUCAACGCUGCACCCUGCUUUUCUCACCAGACAAGCUGAAAUCAUCAACAGCUACAAAAAUAGACACGCAGAGCCCAUGUGCUCUGCCAGGCCGAUCUGCACACAAAUAAUUAAUACAAUUACAAAAGAAGAGGGAACUAGAGAGCAGAUACUUUCAAUCUGUACGCUAUUAUGGUUUGCGUUGCAAAUAAAAAGCAUUUAUAAAUAAUUAUUUUUUUAUCUUGUUUUUCAGUAAAAACAUCUAAACUUCCUUAAAACAAGAUAAUGUACAUUUGCUUUAUAAUAAGAUAAUAAGAGAAGCAUAAAUGUAACAUUUAGUAAAAAAUAAAUAAAUAAAUAAAGAAGGUCAAUGGGGUAGUAAAAGUAAGCUUUGUUCAAUAUAUUUUCUCUCCAAACAAGUCUUAUUAUCUUGAAUAUUUUUUCUCCAAGUAAAUAGAGUAGAUCAUGUUUUAAUUUUAUUGGAAAACAAGGCAAAAAAUACUGAUUGAGCAAUUAGAUUUUUUUGCAGUUUGAUCAAAGAUUUUGACAUUCCACUAUCCCUCAAAUUCUUUAAUGGGCACUUUAUUGGUUUAUUCCACCGACCCCAAAGCCUUUUUUUUUAUUUUUAUAAAAAUACAACUUCUGCAGUAUUUAUGGGGCAGACAAAUGAAUGAAUGUUUAUAGAAGCACUAAGACACUACGCCUAAAGGCUCUAUAAUUAGUAAAACAAAGAAUGUACGCCUUUAUUGUUUAUUUGCAGACUGGCUCUGCAAAGAAUUAUGUACUUAAUCGCAGCUCUCCUGUCCUGGAUAGCUUAUUUGCCCAUUAAAGACGCUCUAGGUCUUUGACUUGGCUUUUUGAGCUAAGUUAAAGAUUAUCAACCCACAAAAGUAACUACUGUAACUCCAGAUAAGCGGUUAGAGAACACACACACACACACACACACACACACACACACACACACACACACA